GCUCUCAAUGUUUUCAACAUUUCUCUUUUCAGAACCUGAUUUCUCUUAUCUGGAUGCCCUGGCUCCUUAUCAGCCCUUGGCGAUGAAAUGUGUUUACUGUCCCAUUGACACGAGGCUGAAUUUUAUUCAGGUGUCUAAAUUACUCAAAGAAGUCCAGCCUCUCCACGUCGUUUGCCCGGAGCAAUACACUCAGCCGCCACCCACCCAGUCUCAUCGGACAGAUCUGAUGAUAGACUGCCAGCCUCCGCCGAUGGCCUACCACAGAGCAGAGGUGCUGAGUCUCCCGUACAAGCGACGCUACGAGAAGAUUGAGAUCAUGCCAGAACUUGCAGAUUUGCUCGUGCCCUUGGAGAUUAAGCCUGGUAUUUCCUUAGCAACAGUUUCUGCCGUGUUGCAUACUAAAGACAACAAGCAUGUGCUGCAGCUCCCUCCGAAACCUCCGCAACCUCCCACUGGCAAGAAGAGAAAGCGAAUGAGCGAUGACGUGCCCGAGUGCAAACCUUUGAAGCCGUUGCUGAGCGGCUCCAUUCCCGUGGACCAGUUUGUGCAGACGCUCGAGAAGCACGGUUUCAGUGACGUGAAGGUGGAGGACACAGCCAAGGGCCACAUCGUGCUCCUCCAGGAGGCAGAAACCCUCAUCCAGAUCGAGGAGGACUCCACACACAUCAUCUGCGACAACGAUGAGCCUUUGAGGGUGAAGCUGCGUGACCUGGUGCUCAAAUUCCUGCAGAAGUUUUAG